CCUCAAUCGUAACCUAAACUAUGCAGGCCACGAUGCCGCCGCCGCCCCCGACAACAAGCGUGGCAAUACCAACCUGGUUCAAAGACCACCCGCACAUCGUUCCAUGGGACGACGGCUUCCAGCCCACAGGCGCCUCGUCCGCCUCCGGAACCCCGUCGUCGGGAUACAUGGUGACCGACCAACCCCGCGCGCUUCCUGGUGUGUUUCGCGUGACUGAGAAUGCCGUGUCUGAGUCCCUUGCGGCGCAGUUGUACGCGUCUGCCGUCGACGUUCGCGUGUGGGGCGUGUACGUCCUCACGACCGAGAUCUUUGACAAGCACCUCGAAGCAUUUCCCGACUCGAAAGAAGAUCAUGCGCGGCAUACCCUUGCCCUGCAUGCGAUCCGAGAGUUCCUCGUUGACUCCCAGGCCUUGCCGUCCCAAGACUGGGACAAUACCCAUGGCGUUGUCGUGUGGGUCAUCACGUCUGACGUCGACGACGUCGUGGCGUAUCACAUCGACUAUGCGGAAAUGUUUCGGUACCAGACCAACAUAACGUAUCCGCCGCUGUACAGCGGAACUUUACACGUGAGUCCGCUGUCAGCAGACACGAUCCACGGCGGCGCCUUUUAUGCCCAUCCCGACGGCUUGUCCCAUUACAAAGUUCGAUUAAAUUUGAUAUUUCAUGCUAUUUUUUCGAUAAAAAUUGGGAAAUUCACACGAUUCUGUAGAUUCACGGGUACAAGGGGUCUCAACAGCCCGUAACGGUAAGCGUGAUGUAGCUACUAGUACUUUACAUUUCUCUGUGUUGAUUGGGUUCACACUAUUUACAGGCAUACACUAAUCAGAUAUUUGAUGCGCAUAUUCAAAAACAUAAUGUUGUAUAUUUUUGAUAAAGGUAUUUCUAAUUCUAAAAGUAUUUUAUACUUUAAAGUAUUCAUUUUAUCUAUUUCCUACGCUUUGAUUGGCUAAAGUUUCUUUUAUAUAUUUCCAACCAAAAACAAUCAUCCAUACUACUUCCUACCUGCAUGUAUGUACUUACUUGCUGCUACGAGUAUACAUAUAUACAUACUAUUGUACAUCAUUGUGGUGAACGUAGGUGCACGACCACCUCGUUCCAUACACCCAUCGGCAAGGGGUUCUCAUUGACGGCAACAUGCCCCACGGAAGCACACCCGUGACGCGGCUGCCGCCGGGCGUCCGGCGCGUCGUCGUGGGGCUCAACAUGUUCAACCACGAGAUCGGACCGUUCACGCAAGCGUACCCAGAGCACAGUGCAAAGUUCAAUAAGUAUGUCAAGGUGGCGCAGGCCGCGGCAAAGACGCGCCAGCCAGAGCUGUCGGUGUCGACCAUCCGAGCCAAUCCAAAGCAAGCGGCGUUCUUGGUGUACUUGUUGCGCAAAGCCAAGGAAAAGAACUUGAUCCACAACAACCAGUUUGUCGGGCUUAACACUUAAAACGUUAGUACAUACUAGUUCUGCCGAAAGUACUUGAGGCUGACCCAACUCACAUACAUGGCGAUAAACGCCACGGGGAUCGUCAGCGGCACCAGAUAACAAUAAUGUUGAUCUCCACGAAUAGCGUCCAUCAUGGGAAACGACCGACCCGGGGUCGGCGGCGGCAGCACCUUGGCCACCACAAUCAAGUACCUACAGCAACGUGAGCAUGGAUGGAUGGGUAGUUACGUGGUUGGACUCGAUCACAACGCCAGAGGAGAGAUGCACUUGCAUGAAGGUGAUGAAGAAGAUGGCCGAGAGACUCACGAUCACAUAGCCCCAGAUCGCACCCGUUGACACGAUACGGACUCCUUCCUUGGCCA